AUGCUGCCAGGUGAGACUCUGGGGGAAAGGGGUGAAGGCCAUAUCCAGAUGCAUGUGGGGUGGGGGUUCCCCUUCAGGGCAGCUCUAGGCAUCAGGUUUCCCAGUAGACUUUGGGCCAAGCUGUUAGGGGGAAGAAGAAACCCAGGCAGGGAGGGGAACUGGCCCCAAGUAGUUUCCGGUUACGUCUUCCCUGCUUCUCUUUUUUCUGCCGAUCAGUUUGUGGUUUCUGUACCCACAGAAGUUUCAGGCUGUUUUAAUGAAAUGAAAAUACUUAUUGUUCAGGGGAAUGGUGGCGGGGGGGUGGGGGGGGGGCAAUGCUGA